CACGCAGAAACCAAACAAAUAUCAGCAACACCGUCAACGCGAAUAAAUGUUCGAUUUGUUUAGUAUCAUUUUGUGACCGCCAUCGAUUUCUGCAACAAAUUUAAAAUGCACAAGUUGUAUUAUAAUAGCACAACUGCAGCAGGCGACCGCUGUUGUCAUGCCAACAGCUUCGAUUGUUUGACGAAGCUCGAUAAAAGUUGACAUUCACAGCAAGCGUUGAUAUUGUUGCACGAAAUUUUUCAUGACCAUCGAAAGUAUUUUAUCAUGAUUAAAGAACUCUAUCAACCAGUAGAAUCUCAAUCCCAGCAGCCCUGUUUCGUUCCGGCGUCAGCAAUAGUAAGUCUGUCAUCAAACACUGGGGGUAAAGCCGUUAUGUUGUCUGCCGAAAAGUGGAACCGGCUGCUAUCAAAUGCCAGUUCGAGCCGUAUCCGACCUCAAACGGCCAUCGCUGCAGAUGGCAAAUCACUUGCCCAGAAGGAAGCUGAAUUUAAGGAGUAUCUUAAAAACGAAUCGCAGACCAUGACCAAACAGUGGGAGAACACCGUACAGAACAUAAGGGAGAAAAAAGAAUCCGAGAGGCUCCGCAAACAGCGUGAAAAGGUCGAGGAGGACGAAAAACAUUAUCGCGAGCUGAAAAUCGCCGACGAAAUAAAACGGAAAGAGCUUAUUCAAAAAGCUGAAGAAAUGAUCCAAAAAGAUAAGGAAGGGCCCAGGGUGCUAGAAAGUGCAGCAAAAUUCAGCGAGGUGCUGAAAACUCGUGAGCAUCAGCGUAAGUUCAGAGCAGAGCAGGAAGCGCAGCAGGAGUUGCGUCGUAAACAGCUUGAUCAACAGGAUAUCACACAAGCGAACCGAUGGAUUAAGUCGCAAGUGGAACGACAAAUGGAUGACCGUAAGAGAUUUGAUAAUUAUAAAAAGGAGCUCAAAGACAAAAUUUUAAUGGAUAGAGAAGAGCAGAGGCAGGCCCGAAAUUUUCUAAUAGAGCAGGAACAUGGACAACAUUCAGCUUUGGAGGAGGAAGUCCGUAGACAGGUAGAGAAAGAGAAGAAAUUUUUAGAAAGAAACAAGGAAAUGAAGCGCCAACAUGCACUAGAAGCAAUGAGAAUGGUACAAGAGCGUGAGCAAAGGUUGAAACGAGAAUCCGAAAUUGAAGAUACAUUGAAUCAAAUCUACAACGACGGCCAGAAAGCCAUUGCUGAUAAACGAAAAGAGAUUCAUACAAAUAAGCAUAAGUUUCGCGAUAACACUCAUCUUCUACAAAGUCGUGUUGAGUUAGAAAAACAACGUUUGGAACAAGAAGAGAAAAAUCGACAGAAAGCGUUCGAAGAAAAGAAACUCAAUGAAGAUACGAAGGAACGGGAACGUAUUGAAGCUGAGAGGCAGCUCAAAGUAGCUAGAAUUCAGGCACAUAUUGAGGAAAUUGAAUGGAAGAAACAAAACGAUACAGAGAAAAGCGCGCUAGAGCGUAAAGACAUUGCUGAACGCGAAAAGAACGUCCUUGUAACCUUUGCUUAUGAUCGACACAGGGUAUCGGAUAGAACCAUCAAAGCACACGCACAACGCAAGUUGUUAAUGGAUCAAAUCGAAGAACGUGAAGCUCGUGAGAAAACAGAAGCUGAUACUCGAGCUGAGCUGGAAUAUAUGCGGAACAGUGCCGAAAAGGAAAACAAACAUUUUUUGAAGUAUGCCGACGAACUUGUAAAAGAUUCCAAAGCAAAAAGCCGACCUGUACUCCCGCUCUUGAAAACGGUGGAAAAUUAUAAACGGGAGCAUUAUUUUGAUUUUAGAGAAAAAGAAGUUACACCGAGGCAUCUCGUGUCUCGUGUACCAAUCAACAACAAACUUGUUGAACAGCAGCAGUACCAGAAUGGCCUACAAGAUCCGGCUAUUAUAGCGAUGACUCCUGCGAUGCCGCCAAUUCGAGUUCGUUAUGACCCAGAGCAGUUAAAAAAGAUGAAUCCCUACAAGCCUUACAAAAUGUGAGCAGCACAAACAUGACAUAAAUUUUAACCUACUUUCUAGUAAGAGUUCUUAUGAAACCUGUAAACCACGUAAGGCUGAACUAAAAAUAACAUACAAUAACAAGAUACAGAAUAAUUUCUCAUGUUUAUUGAAAAAUUUUAUACAAAAAUAAAUUGUCGAUUCGGCUAUCUUAUCAAAACUAUUCUAGGCGUAUGUUUGAUUCUAGAAGGUGUUGUCUUAUGACGGAUGCCGUUUUUGGACGGAGAUUGACCUGUUGCCGAGCUUUUGUGGCAGAUCUUGAUGAAACUGCCCUUUUAACUUGGUUCACAAGAUGCGAAAUCACAGUUGCCGGAAGGUUUGCUG